UCUAGGAUAAACGCUUGCGACGAGCACAACAAGUGCGCGCAUGCAACCAGCCCCGGAUCCAUCCUCAGUCCGGAGUCACUCGACAGCUCCGCAAGCCUGUUGUAUAGUGUAGUGCGAAAGUGAAAUUUCCGAGUGCGAAAUCAAUCAGACGAGUGAGAGUGCCAGUGCAAGUGCAAGUGCAAGUAAGUGAGAGUGAGUGAGUGACUGGCAGGACAACUACCAGCCCCCCCACCCGAAUCCCUACCUCCCGGGGAUGCGCGAUGCGAUCUCCCCAAGUUAUUUAACUGCGCGCGUGCAUCAAUCCGGUGAAUCAAACAUGUAACUCUGCGAUCGAUAUUUGCGAGGUGGUGCCAAAGUAGAACCCCAAAAGCGAAACCAGAAACCACAAGCCACCGAUUUGGUGCAACUCGAGAAAGUGUUGCCCGUGAUUUUGUGAAGAUAAUCAGAAGAGGCCUGAUCGAUGGCCAACAGCGCGUUGUGUUUCAAGAGUUGUGUGUGCUUUUGAGGAAAAUCCAAUCCACAACCAAUUCAAUUGCAAAACCUAAUCCGAACCCAAAAGCCCAACCCAAAAUUUAAGCCCCAUUGCAGAGGGGAGGUGCUGCAAGUUGUGCGACGAUUUGCCAUUUCAGCUGGAACAAACCAAAUACAGAAAUAUGCAUAGGUUUUGGAUAAUCGUUUUACUUUUAGGAUUACUACACACAAAGCCAAUAAAUGGACAAUCGGACGUGGAGGUGCAGCUGGUGGUGCCCCGGUAUGUGGAGCGCGGCUCGAGCGCCACCUUCAAGUGCCGGCACAAUGUCCAACCGGAAAUACUCUUCAAGGUGACAUGGCUGAAGGUUGACAAGGGCAAGUUCUUCGAGUUCAUAAAUGGACGGAAUCCGCCAUUCCGCAACUCCACCAUCGAGGGGGCCGAAAUUGACUGGGACAACUCGAACGAGCAGCAGGUGACCCUCAAGGACGUGCAGUUUGAUCUUUCUGGGCAGUUUUACUGCGAGGUCUCCACGGAUACACCAAUCUUCACCAAGGCCAGCGCCGAUGAGCUGAUGAGUGUGUUCUUGCCCCAGACGGGUCCGCCCACAAUUAAGUUUCGCAAGCGAACGCCCUUUGCGGUGGGCGAGAAACUUUUCGCACUGUGCAACACAACUCGCGGUCGUCCUGCCCCGCACAUCACGUGGCUAAUCAAUGGGAAAAAGGUGGAGGAGAAGUACGUGCGCACUCAUCAUGUGUUCUCGUUCAACGGCAAGCACCAGCGACGCACGCAGCAGCAGCAGCAGACGCAGCUGAGUCAGCAGCAGCUGCAGCAGCAGUACUAUCAGAAUCAGUACUACAACCAGUACCAUCAGCAGUACCACAUCCCAGUGGGUCAAUUCAUGGACCGCUAUGACAAGAGCCUCCGUUGGCCGGCCGGCGCACGUGCGGAUGAAUUUCCGCACUUUGCCGCACACCAUCACGAGGGGCACCACCAUGGUGCUGGGGGUGGAGGUGCCGUUGGCAGCAUAUACAACAAUCCGUUUGGCUCGCUGGCCAACUACCAUGACGUGGGCGAGUUCCAUGAGAUACAUCAGCGCAACUAUGACAUCAACAAGAAGAAACUCGAGCUCAAGAAGCAGCAGCAGAUGGAGCUGAAGAAGCACAGGAACAGCAGCAGCCGCAAGUAUCGGCGGCACAUCAACGAGAAUGCCCUCGGCAUCAUCCGGAGCACCCUGAACAGCGGCGGCUUUGGCCCACAGGCGCCCAACAUUGCCAAAGAGCUGGGCAUACCCUCGAAUUCGGGGCCCAUGAAUCAGCUGGCGGCCGGCUACCAGCGUCCGCUCUCCCAUCCGGGCGGCGGCAGUGGCGUCGCAGCAGCCGCAGCGGCUGUCACAGCAGCCCAGCAGGAGAAGGGCAUGUUCAGCAUCAGUCAGCUGAACCUGGAGCUCACCGACGAGCAUGUGGGCAGCAAUGGGCGCAUGGAGAUCACCUGCCUGUCGACGAUACCGGCGACUGUGGGCCAGGGCGAACAGUAUGCCGACUACAAAACGUAUUCCGUAAAAGUUGAGGUUGAGCGACAAUUGGCCUCCUCCACGUCAACGGCAGCGCCCAGCAUCGGUAUGGCGGCACUGGGCAACGGCAAUGGACACGGGAACGAGACCUCGGCUGGCUCUGUAAUGCCACAUCUGUGGUCUCUGGCUCAGAUUCUGCUACUCAUGCUCCUGCCCCUGAGCUACUAGGGGCUACUAGUCUAGGUGCAGCAGCUGCUGGCGAGAAGCAGACCACCGACAUACCAAGCCAUAGUUACGCCAAAACAAAGGACACCCACAUCAUCAUCAUCAUCAUCAUCAUCGCCAGCAUCAAGGGCAGUAGCUGUAGCAGCAGCAGCAGCACAAGGAACAGCAGAAGCAGCAGCAGAACUAAGUUGGGUUUUUGUAUAAAUUGUACACCAAAUUUUUUAUUUAUUUCCAUGUGCAUGAGCUCGAUUGAGCAAGAAAAUUAGCACACCACAAAGAAAUUAAACCAAAGAAGGGGGAAAGAGCGAUGCAGAGCGAGUGGAUUUAGAGGAGAACUUGUACAAUUUUUGUGCGGCUCUCCUUGGAAGCCGAUUUAAAUAGUUUACUUGUAGAUAAUUUGAAAUUGCCUAGGGGCAACGUGUGUUGAUAUCCCUUCCCCCUGGUCUUUUUUAUAUUUUUUGUGUGGCCAAAAUGCCAAAGAAACAUGUUUUUAAUUAAGUUGCAGUCGGUCCGGACUGUUGGACUGGAUUGUGUGUGUGAAAUGGUUUGUCCAUUUCCCAUUCCAUUGCAGUCGCAGUCGCCGACGGACAUUUUUUGUAGCGCAAAGAAAUUUUUGUAUAGCUAAUUGAACGUAAGUUUUGUGGUGAAGCUCGCCCCAUCGGGCAGUCAGCUAUUCCAACUGAUCAAAAUAAAGUUUUUGUGCUCUUCAAGGUCAGUGCACAGUGGGUGUGGGAUUCCACCCACUGAAUUUCCAUCGCCGGCCUUGUCAGAAAUUUGUGCGGCAAACGAAAAACGAUUGAAGUAAAGUUUUUAGGCGUUUCCAAGCUAGUCAGUCGCUACGAAGCUUGUACCUAAAAUGCAUCGCAUCAUCCAAAUGCAACAGCAAACAGAUGAACAAAUGAACAGAAAUCCCCAUCCCCCUGCCCAGAGGCACACAAACAAUUUAGCGAAAUGAAAGUUAUUUUUUAUGGUGUUUGUAGCGCUUCGGCUAGUCAAGGAUGUGGAUGUGAAUGUGCAUGUGGGUUAGGCCACUGAGGGUAAGGCUAGGAUUAAGGCAAACUGAAUUUAAGCGUCAGCCACAUUCCACUUAAAUACGAGUACCCGGAGUACCCUCCCUCCCCGGAAAAGAAACCCAGAGAAAAUUAAACGUUUAAAUGUAAAAUAAUUAGACAGUUAAACCAAGAAGCUUACAAAAACAAUCAGUGUUGAAAACAUUUUGAGAAAACCAAAACAAAAACAAAAAACGAAACGAAACAAAGAACACGAAACACAAGACACAAGAAAAUGGCGUCUCAAUGGGCGCGUCUGUGGCGCGUGGCGCGUGACGCGUGGUGAACCCCCGAAAAGGGUCAACUCCGAGUGGGUUGGACCGGCAGGGUUAAUGGGUUUACCCGGGUCAGAACCAGACCCAGACCCAGACCACCGCCACAACACAUUACGACGCUUAUUUAUUUACAAGUAUAUUCAUUUGGUCCUUCAUUCUCUUUUCGUUGUGUGUGUAUAAAUGGUAAUCGUUGCAAUGGAUCGUUUAGAGAGUAGUUAGGAAAAUAUUUGCCAUUGCAAUUAAUUGUGUUUGUAAACGUUUUCGUUACGUAUUGUUUUUUUAGUUGUUGGAUCCUAGGCGUUCCCACUUGAGAGCAAGUGCGGAUGCAUUACGUGUAUGUAAGUAUAUAUAGGAGAACCUUUUUCAAACGCGCUUUAAGUGUCUACGUAUAUUUGCUAGAGAAGAAUUUUAAACACAUACAUGCAACACACAUACGAGUAGCAUACCAAUGUAACUAUGUAAAGCAAGAAGAUAGCGACCGGUAGCAGAAACGGUAACACGAACCACAAACAACACCCAAGAAACAACACGGCAAAGUAAAUAUAUGUAAAGCAAUUAGCGGACUAGUCUAUACCCAUACAUACUAUACCAUAUGCCAUAUACCUUAUACUAUAUACGUGUACGUACAUAUAUGUACACACCCUACCUAUACAUGAGCAUCUGUUUUGUGUGUAUGUGUGUAAUUAGGCUUAUAUUUUUGACUUCAAAUCGACGGCGAAACGCAACCAAAACCCAAACUAAUAUUAGUGUAUAGAAUUUAGCCUGCAGAAGCGUUCUCCUAAGCGAAAUCAGCUAAAACCAACCGAUUGACAAUUACCAAUUAAAUGAUUGCAAAACUAAACACUUUUCCUCCCAAAAAACGGUUGUUCAGUGUGACCGGAGCUGUAGUACAUAGAUCUAAUGCGAAUUCGAUUUCGAUUUCGAUUUCGAGUAGUUUCACGUCCAUUUGGCGGCGACGGAGGAAGUGCAGGCAGCAACCGGAUAUUGCUUGAACGAACUACAACAAUUUUUUAUAAAUGAAAAUAUACUAUAGUUAUGACGACGAUAACGUUAAACGGUAACGGUAACAUCAAGUAAAAUAAUAUUAAAAACAAAGAGAAUGAAAACAAAACAAAACCAAAAACAAAGUUCAUAUUACAUAUAAAAAUAUGGCUAAAAUGUCUUAUGCAGGUAUUGACGUCUUCCUAUGCUACGCUGUCUAUUAUUAACUGAACAAAUGAAUUACAUUUAUAAAUUAUACAUUAUGAAUAGGUAUGCAUACAAAGUUUACUGUAUGUGAAGAAGAAAAAAACCAAUGAAAAAAACCAAUAAAAAAAAGAAUGAAAUAUUAACAC